AUGGAUUCGGAGGGGAACUUGAGAAGAAAGGACACCACUAAGGGUCCCCCUUUAAGGAUCCUUAGCUUGGAUGGUGGAGGAGUCCGCGGCUACUCCAUGUUCAUCAUCAUACAAGAGUUGAUGCACCGGACCUACGUCGAGAUUGAGGGCAAAGCGCCGCGACGCGACCAGAUUCCUAAGCCGUGCGAUCACUUCGACUUGAUAGUCGGCACCGGCACCGGCGGGCUGAUCGCCUUGAUGCUCGGGCGCCUCCGGUUGGACCUAGAGCAGUGCAAAGAGCUGUAUGUCCGACUGACCAGAAUGGUCUUCGAAACCGACAAGACCAUCGCGGGCAUACCCUACCGCUCCACAUUGUUCAAGGCCUCGAUGUUAGAGUAUGCGAUCAAGGAGGCCGUGAGGGAACAUACCGUCUCGGACGACGAGGGCAACGACGGAGCACCCUCGACCCUCGUUAGCCCGCUGUCGACCGCGUCACGGUCUAGCGCCAGCGUCCCGCGACGACACCAAAGCAACGCGAGCGUGGUCAGCUUCAGCGCCCGUAGCCCGGUCAGUCAGUCGCGGCUGGGAUUUCGCGGCGGGGACGGCGAUCCGAACGCGAGAUUGUACGACGCAAGAGAAAACAGAACCAAAACCGCGGUAACGGCCAUGUAUAGAGGAACUAGCAGAGGCGGAGAGGCGGCUCUUCUGAGGUCGUACGACUCUAGGAAAGAGCCCGCUCCCGAAUAUGACUGCAAGAUAUGGGAAGCCGGCCGGGCCACAUGCGCAAUUGGCAUGGCCUUCAAGUCUAUUAAGAUCGGACAGACAGUGUUCCACGAUGACGGCGCCGGCACGUUCAAUCCAUCUCCUUACGCUCUCGACGAGGCCACUGUUAACGAGUGGCCGGGGCGCGACGUCGGCGUAUUCAUUAGCGUAGGAACUGGAAAGCGGCCAAAGGGGACCGACCAAAAUCAGCACCUUUGGUACGAUGGCUUCAUAGGGGAAUUUGCAGAGGCAAGGAGGAGGUUGAUGGCGAAGGUGGAAGGUUGCGAGGCGAUCCACGAGCGCAUGAAAAAGGAACUUCUGCUGAAACGCGGUGUCAACAUCGAAAACUACUACAGAUUUAACGUCGAGAUCGGUGUGGGGGAGUUUGCCAUGAACGAGUGGGGACGGCUGGGCGAAAUUAGCACCAACACGAGGAGGUAUCUGUCGAGAGAGACGGAACAGAGAAUGGUCCAAGCAUCCGCGAUCAAAUUGGCCAAGAUACACCGGGCUAAGCAGAGGUACGAGAGACUCGGUGGCAUACCGAACAUCACCUCAUCCUCUCCACCGAUCAUGGGCUCCAUCGAGAUCCCGUUCGCGGUUGAACUCCCAGGCGACUACCCCCUGACGUUUCCGGCUCGCAAUUCUCCCCCCAGUCGCCAGUCGUACGAUUCUGGUACAGACAACCUCUCCAUCCCCGGGUCCGGGGCCAAUCCCCACACACCGCCAUCUCACCAUUCUGGCGAACGCCUUCGACCCUCUACGAGCCACUCCUCCCCGCCUCAAAUCGCCUCGCGCCCGCAAAAGCCUCCGUCGCCCGCAUCCCUAUCGUCAUCAAUCCGGCCUCCUCCCCCCGACGACGACGAUCGCCUCGUGGUAACAGCUCCGACCCCGGCACAGUACCGCGCCGCGGUGGGUUCGGAGAAGAAGGCGUCCGGCGAGUACCCGCGAAGACAGUACCGAGAGCCGAGUGCGCAGUCUAUGACGCAGCCCUACCAGAUACACCGUAUCGAGCCACCUCCGCUGCCUCCGAAGACGCCGCUGCCCGAGAAGCAGACCUCGGGAGGCCGACGUCCCCUCGGGGGCUCUCUCUUGCCUUAUCCUCUAGACGACGACCCGCCGCCGGCGGUAAACAUGGCCAGGAAACCAGAGUACAGGAGUAGAUGA